AUGGCGCUGAAGGAUAUGGUUGUGUUCGAUGUUGGUGGUGUCAUCACAACUCUAUCUCGAAUGUCAAUCAACGACUCGUACAUAACGAUCGCUGGCCAGACUGCGCCAGGAAAGGGUAUUGCGAUCCAAGGCUGGCCUGUUGGCCUUACCGGAGCCAGCGACGUCGUCAUCCGACACCUUCGCGUCCGUCCUGGCAAGGUGUCCGGCCAGACGAUUGACGGAAUGGGCAUGGAAGGCUCCAAUCACUGCAUCUUCGACCGCAACUCGAUGGGUUGGGCCAUUGAUGAAUGCUUCUCGUCUCGGUCAGCUUACAACAUUACCUUUCAGCGCAACUUCAUCUCGGAGCCGCUCAAUGUGGCUGGCCACCAAAACUACCCUGCUGGUACCGCUCAUGGUUUCUCUGCUAGCAUAAACGGUGACAUUGGAUCUUUUCACCACAAUCUGCUGGCCCAUGCUGAGGGUCGAUCUUGGAGCAUGGCAGGAAACGUUGAUAAUGCCGGGUUCUUCAAUGGCCGUCUCGACAUUCGCAAUAAUGUUGUGUACAAUUUUGGUUCGCGUGUCACAGACGGCGGUAUUCACGAGGGCAACUUUGUUGGCAACUAUUAUAAGCAAGGCCCGGCUAGUUACCGUAACUAUACCUUCAUGGCACAGUACGAGAACGCGCUUCCUGGCACCCAGCAGUACUACUGUGAAGGGAACUCCAUGUACACAAAGGAAGGUCAAGUUUUGAUUGCCCAAAACUCCACACAAACCCCGGGCGGCAAUGACUCCUAUCCUGGAUACCCGAUUGCCUGUUGGGCGAAUGUGUCCAUCGAUCCGCCGCCGGCUUACCAGAAAUUCUUUGAUGUCCCAUUUUUCGAGUCCUACGUCGACACUCAACUAUCCACCGAGGCAUAUAAGCGUGUGCUUUCAGAUCGUGGUGCCCAGCAGCCAGUUUUCGACGACCAUGACAAACGCAUUGUCAACGAAACUCUGACUGGAACAAAUACUUACGUAGGCUCGGUUAGCGGGGAACUGGGAAUUAUAGAUGACCCCAGUGAUGUUGGGGGCUUGGAAGAUUUCCCCACGACAGUCCGAGAUGCCUCCUGGGACGCUGACGGCGAUGGCAUUGCUGACUGGUGGGAUGGCUCAACCGGAGGCAGCGGAUACACGGCUCUUGAUGGAUAUCUCAACUGGAUGGCUGAGCCGCACUCCUAUGUUGCGCCUGGCGCAACGACAGAGAUUGACCUCAGCAGUUUAGCACGUGGGUUUGUGUCACCACUUGUCUUCAAAGUUGACGGUGCCAAAUUUGGUUCGAUCAGUGUGGAUGGCUCCAACGCAACAUAUACGGCGAAGGAGACGGGAGUUGAGCGCCUCACUAUCUCUUUCUCGGAUGCUGAAGGAAGCUCGUGGUCGAGGCCAUACGGCAUUGCCAUCUUUGCUAAUGCUUAG